AUGGCUGUUCAGGAUAAGGAGUUCCUACAAUGGCCCAGGCCUAUGAGGGCAGAAGCAGAUCAACGAAAUCCUGACAAGUAUUGUCAGUAUCAUCGCACCCAUGGCCAUGACACCAACAACUGCUACCAGCUGAUCAGUGAGAUUAAAAGGUUGAUAAAGAGGGGACACCUCAGGAACUUCGUGAAGAAGCCGGAGGGACAAAGGCCUCAGCCAAACCCAACAGCACAAACACCCAGGAGAACGGGAGCAGGGCCGGUGAAUGAUGGCUCUAGCGGAACCAUCAACAUGAUCGGUGUUCAGAUGCCUCAUGACGACGCCCUUGUUAUUGAAGCCGUCAUCUACAACUACCGGGUUAAGAAGAUCUUGGUGGAUGACGGAAGUAAGGUGAACUUGCUGCCGUACAGGGUCUUUCAGCAGAUGGGAAUCCCAGAGGAGCAAUUGGUUUGGGAUCAAGCCCCAGUCAAAGGGAUCGAGGGAGUCCCAGUACCCGUGGAAGGGAAAGUAAAACUGGCCCUCACUCUAGGAGAGGCACCAAGGACUCGCACUCAUUAUGCGGUGUUCUUAGUAGUCAAACUCCCCUUGAGCUACAACACAAUAUUGGGAUGA